GAAAUAAAGUUUGUGUGUCAAAAUCUGUACAAUAGAAGCCAUAGUACAAAAACUUCCGCACUCUGUAUGUAGAGACUGUGCAAGUUACUCGUCCACGUUUGUAAAGUGUGACAGCUCAUCACAUGAGCGGCUGCGGUUUAAACCCUGUAAAAUAGGUCUGUGUGUCAGCGCAGCUCCGUCCGUGUAUUUCCGGGUGGUACGGGGCUGCUCCGGUACAUCCCAGCUAGCAUCAGUUGGUCCAGCCUCCCUCCCCCCAUACAGCCUCAACAACCGCCACCGGAGACCGGGACACAAACAAAACCGACCAGUUAUUGACCGAGACAGAUCUAUAAUUGAUGUCUUAUAGCUGAAAGCCAACGCGGGGGCACCAGGGCGGGCAGCGGACAGGAGUUAUGGCGGCGUCGCUUCUCUCCGAGACCGACAUCAGGCACCGGUCCAUGGCGGAGGAGGAUCCGAACGGGAAUGAGCAUGGGGCGGCUGCACGCAGCGCGGCGCCUCGCUGGGGACCGCAGCACGCCGGGGCUCGACAGCUGGCAAGGCUCUACUCUCCCGGUAAGCGGCUCCAGGAGUGGGUGUGUGUGAUUCUGUGCCUCUUCCUUUUCAUCAUCAACUUCUCCUUCCUCCUUCUGCACUUCUCCACCGUUCACAUCUACAAGAUCGUCCUCGGCAUCGUCCUAGGAAUAGUGACUGCAGACUUUGCAUCAGGGAUGGUGCACUGGGGGGCGGACACCUGGGGAUCUGUGGACAUCCCUGUUAUUGGCAAGGCAUUUAUUCGACCAUUCAGGGAGCACCACAUCGAUCCAACAGCCAUCACUCGCCACGACUUCAUCGAAACCAAUGGUGACAACUGUAUGAUCCCCAUCCUACCACUGGCUCACAUGGCCUACAAGUUCCUCACAUAUACAGCAGAGGCCUUGGCGGCGUCCUAUCCCUGGGACUGCUACGUCUUUGCCCUGGCAGUUUUCGUAACGCUGACCAAUCAGAUUCAUAAGUGGAGUCACUCCUACUUUGGUCUCCCACGCUGGGUCAUGCUGCUCCAGGACUGGCAUCUGGUGUUGCCACGGAAACACCACCGCAUCCAUCACGUCUCGCCGCACGAAACAUACUACUGCAUUACUACAGGUUGGUGUAACUACCCACUGGAUCAGCUGGGCUUUUGGAGACGGAUGGAGCAAUUGAUCGAAUGCCUGACAGGGCAGAAACCUCGGUCAGAUGACCUGGCAUGGGCCAAGAAGACCGACUGAUAAACACACAAAUACACACAAGGAUGGAUGGAGGAAUGGUCUUGUAGAUGGAUGGAUUGAGGGGAAACACACACACACAUACACUCACUUACAAUUUACUCAUGUCUCUGUGCUUCUUGCUUUUUUGCUAAAGAGCAAACAUUCUAGGAAACCGUGUUUGCAAAAAAAAAAAAAAAAAUUAAAAAAAAAAAAAUCAAAGAUUGAUUGCUGUAUGUGCUGGAGUCUGUAGUUUAACAAGCUUUGAACGCAGGAAGGUAAAAACAUUAUUAGACGAGAACGCUCUGCUGUAACAGCCAAUCAGCUUUGUAGGCCUGUUUAACCAAUGAGGUGUGGUGGUGUGUAGGUGUAGGAGGUUUCUGGAGGUUGGGCUCUCCAGGAGUGACACCACACACACAUACACACAUACACACACACCUGUGCACAAUAACACAGAAACAAGUUUGGAAAUCAAAUGUUCUGUCAUUUCUUCUUGUCUGUUAUUUUUUUAAGUGUUAAGGUUGUUUUUUGAAAGUCCUUUCAAGAAACAUCACCAUCCUCUUUAAACUCUCAUGGCUGCAUUUACACACAAGAAGGUGAAAAUCUGAUGAUCGUGUGCUUUAGAUUAAAGAAUUUAAAAGUCAGACCUAAUACACAGUUAAGACUCUUCUUCUGUGCCUGUGCUUCAGCUAAGACGAUCACACAGUGAGAGCCGGGCAGUGUAAGACUGGUGAGGACAGACAUGUAAAAAAAGGUUUGACAAAACACACACUGUAGCUUCUGUAAUAAAUUUCCUAGCACUGAUAUAUACACACAACAGCAGUCAAGCUGCAGAUGCAUACUUACACACUGCAUAGAUCUAAGUACAACUUUAAAUCAUGUCAUUCAGUUUUGGUUAAAUGUUGACAGCACUGUUCAACCUACGUGUGCUUUGACAAACUGUAGAACUUUUCUUAUGCAGACACUUUUCAUUGAUUGUUUAUUACUGAGAGAUGCUUUGGCAGUCCAGGUUUUUGUUACCUGAGGAAUACAGAAAUCUUCAUGUACGAACAUCAAAAGCUUCUAAAUGAGAUCAAGAAUUAAAUGGAGGUUUAAUUAGAGGCUGUAAUUCACUUGACUCCAUUAGUUUAGAAUUUUUAGCACAGGUGAUCAGUUAGCUGUAGUAAAGAAGCAAUUCCCCCCACCCCCACCCCCCACAGCUGAACCUUUGGAUGGAUAUAUUUAUAAAUAGUGAUUAAGCAAGUUGAAGCAGGUCUAAAGUAGGUGGCAGACAUGAAGACCCUGAAAGAGUCUUUGAUUUUAAGGAAUACUCUGGGAAGUAUACUUCUGAGCUUUCUUGCCAAGAGUUAGAUGAGAAGCCCGCAGCUGGUUAGCAUUAAGACUGGACAGCUAGCAUGGCUCUGUCCUAAGGUAAUACAGUCCAACUACCAGCACCUCUAAAGCUCACUAAUAAAUACUUUUUGUUUAGUUCCAAAAUCCUACGAAAACUGAAGAAUGUGUUACCUUUGGACAGAACCAAGGUAACUGUUUUCACCUGUUUCCAGACUUUGUGUGAAGCUAACUUAGCUAGCUACUGACGGUAGCUUCAUAUUUUACGUACAGACAUGAGAGUGGUUUAGAUGUUCUCCUCUGACUCUUGGCAAUAAAGGUGGAUGAAAAUUCAGAGGGUCUGGCAUGAAGUUUGGAUGACAGGUUGACGAUAUAUAUGUUCUGAAGUGGCAGGGACUUAAGCUAAACCUUCAUGGCAACAGUGACUUCUUCUUACUGUACCCCAAACACGCCUGCAGACAGAAAUCUUUCUUGGAGGAGCUCUGUUUCCUGGAGGAUGCUUGUGGCUGCCCCCAAAGACCAUAAAAUUAGUCCUACAUGUGUGUUAGCAUUAGCUUUUCACCGACAUGCUUGGACAGCUCAGGGCAGGGUUAGCUUAGCUGAUCAUUGUCUCCAAGUCCUGCUUCUUUUCACUUCACUAUACAUAGGAAAGCUUGAAAAUACUUUUUGUUACUUUUUUCUCAACAGAAAACUAUUUUGUAUCACAAAAAAUCAAACAUUUGCAGCCAUUCAUAAACAGUUGCAGUCAUUCAAAUCAUGUUAGAAAUUUCAAUCCAUGUUGUGUUCAUAUCCCAAGUCCUCUCAUAGAAAUGAAAAAGAAACCUCGUAAACUGUUUUGCAAGAUGUUAAUUGGUGCCGCAGUCUAACCCACUGUGCUGCAUAAGUGACUGCAACUGUAAAUAUUAAACACUCGACAAAAAGAAAUGUGUCACAAACUUCUAAACUUAAAUCAGAGUCAUUGAAGAAUGCAUGGCAACAUUUUUCCAUCAGUUUGUGUCGACUGAUGUGAAAGGAGGGAAAAAAGAGAGAAAAAAACAUUUUAUUGCACUAAAGAGCAAAAUUUAAUUAUUUUUCAGCAAAAAAAAAAAACAAACAAAAAACUGGACACCAAGUUGCUUAUAGAAUGCAAAUAAUGUCUUUAGUAUCUCUGGUUUUUGUUUACAUUUCAUACUGUGACACAUGCACUUUAGUUGGCUGUUACUAACUCUGUACUAGAGUCUAGCUGCUUGACUUGUAGUUUUAUUUCUAGGCUGGAAAUCCCUUCAGUCAUAGAAGGUCAAUAAUAACAGCACUUUAUUGUUUUACUAAGUAAAUGUUUGAAAAAGUUGUCCUGUAAGCACCUGUUCACUUAUGAUCACAUAUAUACAGAUAAAAUCAUGUAUCACUUGCAUGCACACACACACACACACACACACACACACACACACUAAAUCUCUUGAAUGCAGUCAUACACAAACAGACAAACAUACACACACAUGCUCUCACAUUGUGUUCUCUUGUUUUCUCUGGCUUCAUAAUUUUCUAUUUUUUUAUCAACGGAUCAAGCCUUGUAUAGUUAAAUUCUGACGUUCCAUUUUGCAGCUCAACGCUCGCUGCUCGUCUGCCUUAAUGUUUUUAUCUGCUCUUUGAUUUAAAUAAAGGUUUAUUAACUCCAAA